UCUACCUUCACAACUUUGUUUAUGGUCCUUUCAAAUUAAUCGUUGGAGCCAAAUGAGAAGAAGAAUCGCGCAUAAAAAAUGAUGGAAAUUGCGGGAAGAGACAGACUGAUGGUCUUCCCGACGUCCAGCUCGCGGACGAACGUCAAGUGUCGCUUGAUCUGCGCGCGCAGGAGUCAGGAUUUGCUCGCGAAGAAGGUCGACGGUCUCCUAAUCCGGUUUCGCGCGAUUUUGCUGGGACUGCUGAAGAACAAAUCACAGCUGGGCGAAGUUAUGAGGAACGCGGCCUUCUCGUUAGCCGAGGUAAAUUACGCAACAGGCGGCGUGAACGGCUUGGUCCUGGAAACGGUCGACAGGGCCAGCACCAGGAUUCAGUGCAGGCAGGAGAUCUUCGGCGGGGUUCGAUUGAGGAUCUACGAGCCCUACCGCAGCGGUGACGAUCCCUUCGAGUUCACCGGAUUAGCCAGAGGCGGGCAACAAGUUGCCAAAUUGAAGAAAAAUUAUGGAAAGGCGAUCGACCUGCUGAUUGAAUUGGCGUCGUUGCAGCACAACUUCCAGAUGCUUGAUCGAGCAAUCAAAGCCACCAGUCGUCGCGUGAACGCUCUUCAGCACGUCAUUAUCCCGCGAUUGGAACGGACCCUCGCUUACAUCGUCACCGAGCUCGACGAAUACGAGCGAGAAGAAUUCUAUCGCAUUAAGAAGAUACAAGAGUGGAAGAUGAAGCGAUAUAACGGGAGAUUCCCUUGCAAUCCAGCUCAGGAAGAUGCAGACACAUUCGACGAGGAUCUUCUUUUUUAACGCUAACAAAAACGAGAUGAUUCUGUCACGAGGUACGUUGGAAUUUUUCUUUUUUAGCUAAAGAGGAAUCCGGUUGCACGCGUUAUUGUUUACAUUGUCCGCGCUCUAAUAAAUUUCUUACCCUAUUCUUGGAGCGAGGAAAAGAAGGAGAAGGGAUACGGCCACCCCCUGUAAUAAACGCGCCAGACAACCGAGGAGAAAGAACCGCACGAAGACUCGAUGACAGAACAAGAUGGGAAACGAAAAUCGAAAGGGGGAUCUGAGCGAGCUUGUGCGCCCAAUUAUGCCAAGAAAAUACAGCCCAUAAAAGCAGCCUAACUGCUGCCAAACAUCGGGAUAUGAUAAUGAGAACGUGACUCUAUUGCUUUUCUCUCUACGUCUCUCCUAAUCUCUCUAGUUGAACAAACUUUUUCCGAAAAUUUCAGAAUACUGUUCCAUGAAACAUUUUGCAGCUUGGCAUUUUACGUUAAAAUCAAAAUAUCUUGAUUAAUAUUAAUUUUUGGCUUUGAGAACAAGUUUCUUUACUAUUUUUGCCAUGUGCAUUUAUUUGAAUUUAUUAGUCAAG